AUGAAGAAGAACAAGCUCCCGCCCUCCAAGAGGGAGGAAAUCCAGCACAUUUACCAAUGCUACACCUCUGGCCAGAGGACUCUGCCCGCUGCUGGACUCCUCAGCUUCCUCCACAGGGAGCAAAUGGAGACCACAGCCAAUCAGCAGACGGCAGAGAGUCUGAUUGACAGAUAUGAGAUAGAAGACAUGGCCAGAGGACUGAAGACCAUGACCUUUGAGGGGUUUCAUAGGUACAUGGAGUCUAAGGACUGCUGUGUGUUUGACCAGGCCCAUGGAAGGGUUUACCAGGACAUGACACACCCCCUUAGUGGCUACUUCAUCUCCUCCUCCCACAACACUUACCUCACUGGGGACCAGUUAGUGGGUCAGAGUGAUCUGGACGCCUACACAAGUGCUCUAAGGAAAGGCUGCCGCUGUUUGGAGAUUGACUGCUGGGAUGGUCCAGAUGAACAGCCCAUUGUCUACCAUGGCUACACACUGACCACCAAGAUCCUCUUCAGAGACGUCAUCACAACCGUAGAGCAGCACGCCUUUGAGGUGUCUCCCUACCCUGUUAUCCUGUCCCUGGAGAACCACUGCACUCCUGGGCAGCAGGAGGUGAUGGCCAAUUACCUCACUUCCAUCCUGGGGGGAAAGCUGUGUUCCUGCCUAGAUCUCACCACACUUAUAGAACUGCCCAGCCCAGAAGACCUGAAGUACAAGAUCCUGAUAAAGAACAAAAAGCUGAGCCCUGUGAUUGAGCCGGAUGGCAGGACAGGGAGAGAGGCAGAGGGGGAGGAUAGUGAGGAAGAGGAGGAGGAGGAUGAGGAGGAGGAGGAAGAAGGACCUCGUACUAAAAUAAAGUUCUUAGGUAGACAGGCAGGAUCAGGAAAGAAAAAGAAGAAAAAGGUGGUGGUGGUGGAGGCUUUGUCUAACCUGGUCGUCUACACCAAGUCUGUCAAGUUCCACAGCUUCAGCCACUCCAGGGAGCACCAGGCCAUCUUUGAGAACACAUCUCUGGGGGAAAAGAAGGCUCGGAAGCUGGCCAAGACUUCUGGUCCAGAGUUUGUCCAACACAACAGGAGGUUUCUCAGCAGGAUUUACCCAGCAGGUUCUAGAACCCUCUCGUCCAACUACAACCCCCAGGAGUUUUGGAACGUGGGCUCCCAGCUAGUGGCACUAAACUUCCAGUCAUUGGGGCUGCCCAUGGACUUGAACGACGGACGUUUUCGUGACAAUGGUGGCUGUGGUUACAUCCUCAAACCCGCGAUCCUCCGGUCCAAUGAGAGAAGGUUUGAUCCGAACUCUUCCCAGCCCCGCAUAAGGCCAACCCACCUCCUUCUCAAGGUGGUCAGUGGCUCCAGCCUGCCUGUGCCCAGCAGUGGGAAGUUGGAUCCCUUCGUCAGAGUCGAGAUUCUCGGGAUCAAUUCAGACAACUGCAAGAGGAACACUGACACCAUCAAACACAACUCACUGAGCCCCCACUGGGAUUCCUCCAUGAACUUCACCAUCGCUGUGCCCGAGCUCUGCCUGGUUCGCUUCUCUGUACGAGCCCAGAUAGGACUCCUCAACAGCGAGUUUGUGGGCCAGUACACCCUGCCCUUCACCAGCAUGAAGAAAGGCUACCGCUGGGUGCCUCUCCUGUCUCGAGAGGGAUUCAGUUUGGAUCCUGCGUCGCUCUUCAUCUUUGUCUGGUACUCCUAG